AUGAAUUUUAAACAACUCAUCUAUUGGGAAAAACAGGGAUAUGAUUAAUUAUGCGGAGUGCAUUGCAUCAAUUCUCUUUUAUAAGGGCCUUAUUUUAAUGAAGUUGAUUUAGGCACAAUUGCUUAAGAAUUGGACAAACAGGAGAUUGAUUUGCUAGGAAAAACAAAACGUCGUUUCAAAUCACAAAAUGUAGCUGAGGAUGGCAAUUUCUCAAUCUAGGUGUUGGCUGAAGCAUUAAAAAAGUUAGGCGAUCUGUCAAUUGAAUCCAUUGAUUCAAAACUCAACUAAAAUUAAGACUUGAGGUAAUUGUUUUCUUUGUAUAAAUUAAGUCAAGAAAGUGGGUUUAUAUGCAAUUCCUCAGCUCAUUGGUUUGCAAUCAGGAAGAUUGACAAUGUUUGGUACAACUUAAAUUCAACGAAUAAAAGAGGACCAGAAAUAAUUAGUGACUUUUAUCUAUCAGCAUUUCUGUUAUCAGUGAAAGAGAACGGAUAUUAAAUAUUCGUUGUAAAAGGUGUUUACCCACCACCGCAAUUAGAUGUAAUCACAACCUCAUCUUCUCUUUUAGAAUAUCAAUCAGAAUGAUCGCCAAAAGGUCCUCACUGCCUAAUACGUUAAACAAGUGCACGAUAGGAGAGUCAAAAGGAAGAACUAUAAAUUGAAUAUUGGAGGAUCAGAUGAAGUCGAAAUGGAAAAGGCAUUAAAGGCAAGCAAAGGAGAAAAAUAUGUACUUCAAACUUCUAAAUUUUAGGAAUCGACAGAUGAGGAAUUUGAAGAAGAGGUCCAAUAACCUUAAAAAAAGUAAUCCACUCCCAAAUUCCAAGGACAAGGAAUUCAAUUUGGAUUUUAGUAAUCAAUAGCUAAUUAUCAAAAUUUUAAUAUUGAUUAGGAUGAUGCUGAGUAUAGAUCGAUCAUACUCAUGACACUUGAAUAAGUAACUAUCCUCUUAAUUCUUUAUAGAAAUUCAGCAUUCAACUGGAAGAAGGUAUAGUUAUCCUAUUCCAAAUGCCAGAUGGAAAAAACAAGCAAUAUACAUUUAGUUAUGAUGCGGCUGUUGAAGUAUAGAUAUUCUCAAAGUAAAUAAUAGGAUCUUUACGAUUUUGUGUUUUAUGAAAGUAGACAAUCACCAAUGAAGUUCACUUUAGUAUGUCCAAUUCAAAAGUUAUAACUUUUGGAUGUUUCUUAAUUGCUGCUUGAUAUUGGAAUAGAUACUAUGACAUAGAUAAUUGUAAAGAAAGAAUGAAAUUUAAUUAUCAAACUUCA